AUGAGUGGUGAAUGGGAAGAUUGCGACCAGGGACGAAGUUUCGAUCAGCCCGAUUUCGGUGAUACGACGGACACCAAUGUCGAUGCUGGCAACGAUUUCGUCAAUUUUGAUGAUAAUGGUGCCUUCGACGGUAACGGAUAUGGCGACAACAAUGAUGGAGGAUAUAACAGUCGACCGCAACGAGGUGGCCGCGGUGGACGAGGUGGUGGUCGGGGUCGUGGAGGCCGCGGUGGAUUCGGAGGUGGUGAUCGAAACGGAUAUUCGAACAAUCGCAAUGGAGACCGGCCUCAUUACGACGGUAACGAUCCCAGUAUGGACCAGGUGAAGACGGACAAACCGCGAGAACUAUACAUUCCGCCGCUGCCCACCGAGGACGAGAGUCUCAUUUUUGGAAGUGGUAUCAGCUCCGGCAUAAACUUCGACAAUUUCGACGACAUCCAGGUGCGAGUGUCGGGUGAGAAUCCGCCGGCACAAGUUAAUUCCUUUGAAUGCGCCGGACUAUGCGAAGAGGUUAUGACAAACGUACGCAAAUCGAAAUACUGCAAAGCGACGCCCAUCCAGCGGUAUGCCAUUCCGAUCAUUCUAGCAGGUCGUGAUCUGAUGGCCUGCGCCCAGACCGGUUCUGGUAAGACGGCCGCAUUUAUGUUACCGAUGAUCAACAACAUGCUGCAACAGGAGGAUUUGGAUCCUCGCACUCGCAAACCGACAGUGGUGAUCGUAGCGCCAACCCGCGAGUUGGCCAUACAAAUCCAUGACGAGUCCCGCAAGUUCGCACACGGCACCAAACUGAAAACGUGCGUUGCAUACGGUGGAACAGCCGUACAGCACCAGCUGCAGAUGAUGCGCGGUGGGUGUCACAUCUUGGUUGCCACACCCGGUCGGUUGCAGGAUUUCGUUGACCGACAAUACGUUACGUUCGAGAACGUGAAGUUCGUCGUCCUUGACGAAGCGGAUAGAAUGCUGGAUAUGGGCUUUUUGCCUGGUAUUGAGAAAAUAAUGAGCCAUGAGACAAUGCCGGGAAAGGAAUCUCGACAGACGCUAAUGUUUUCGGCCACGUUUCCAGCCGAAAUUCAGGAGUUGGCGGGAAAUUUCCUGAACAACUACAUAUGCGUAUUUGUCGGAAUCGUGGGUGGCGCUUGUGCAGACGUCGAGCAGGUGAUCCAUCAGGUGGAGAAGUUUAAGAAGCGCAAAAAGCUAGAAGAAAUUCUGUCUCAAGGAAGCGCAAAGGGUACGCUUGUGUUCGUGGAAACGAAGCGGAAUGCCGAUUACCUCGCGUCGUUGAUGUCGGAAACACAGUUUCCAACGACGUCGAUCCACGGCGAUCGUCUUCAACGGGAACGCGAGAUGGCUUUGGACGAUUUCAAGCACGGUCGUAUGGACGUGCUGAUCGCAACGUCGGUGGCUGCCCGUGGGCUUGAUAUUAAGAACGUGUCCCAUGUCGUCAACUACGAUCUGCCGAAGAGCAUCGAUGACUACGUCCAUCGUAUUGGACGAACGGGGCGCGUUGGAAACAAGGGACGCGCAACCAGCUUCUUCGAUCCCGACGCGGAUCGCGCCAUCGCAAGCGACCUAAUCAAAAUUCUGACCCAAGCCGGACAAGAUGUGCCGGAUUUCUUGAAGGAUGCUGGAGUAGGUGGAGGAGGUGGCUCGUACAACGGCUCCUCUCAGUUCGGUGGCAAAGACAUCCGAGACUCGUGGGGUUCACGAGUGGAUGCUCAGCCGGUGGCGUUAGAGCCGGAAGAAGCAUGGGAUUAA